AUGGCGGCUGUUCCUGCUGGUGUGUGCCGACUUAAAGAAGAGGCAUGGAUGCGGAAAGAACAGCUGAAGGACCUCCGGGAGAAAGCUGGGUGCAAGGACAGGGGAGAUGGGAAGCUACAGCACAAGAGGCUCGGAGAAGAGGAAGAGGAGCCCAGGGAACCCAGGUUUCAGAACUAUGUCCCAGAGGAUAGAGACCUGAAGAGGUGGCAGGUCCCCCAGGCCAAACCAGUUGCAGUGGAGGAGAAGAGAGAUGUGCCCAACAAGCUGGAGAAGCUGGAGAAGCGGACCCAGAAAGCCAUCUCAGAGCUGAGCCACGAAAGGCUGAAAGGCCAUUAG